UUCAGCUGGGUAGCAGACAAUGGCAGACGCCAUGGAAAUAAAUGAAAACGAGCAAGACCAAAACGAAGGAUAUAGUAAGCGACAGAAGUUUUCCAAGGCAUGGGAUCACUUUACAUUAAAAAGCAAGGAAAACGCCAUUGGAUGCAAGCAUUGCAAGGUGGAACUACCACAACAGCACUUCUUCCAUGCUGCUGCACCUCUUAAGAAAGCAUCCGACUGAGGGCAUGAGUGAACGUGCCGAGAUCAGGUAAAUAAACUUUUUUUCAGGACGUAAAUAUUGACUCAGCUGUAGUGUCAAUAAAAUACAUUUGUUUGUUAUAAGUUAGUUUUAAAUUUCUGCCCUAAAAUGCAUCUGUUAAGUGUAUAUUUUUAAAAUUGGUUUACAAAAAAAAAAAUCUUUGUGUAGCGGAGGCAAAUGUGUAUUAUUUAUUUGAUAUUCUGUAUAAAUAUACAAUAUUACCUUACUUGAUCUUUAUUGUAAAUAUCAGAAGAUUAUAGGAUUUUUGCUUUAUUAAGUAAUUAUACACACCUCGUCUUGAUUCAGAAAAGAGUCAGGUUUAUAAUUGUAAGAAUUUAUUUGAGAAACAAUUAAAACAUGACAAGUGAACUAAGCAUUUACUGUGAAUGGAUGGAGCUAAAGGUGAUGUAGGAACCUACACUCAACAAAAAUAUAAACGCAACACCUUUGUUUCUGCUCCGAUUUUUCAUGAGAUGGACUUAAAGAUCUGAAAUUCAGUCCAGAUACACAAUAUUACCAUUUCUCUCAAACAUUGAUCACAAAUCAGUCUAAAUGUAUGAUAGUGAGCACCUGUGCUUUGCUAAGAUAAUCCAUCCCACCUCACAGGUGUGCCACAUCAAGAUGCUGAUCUGACAUCAUGAGUAGUGCACAGGUGUACCUUAUACUGCCCACAAUUAAAGGCCACCCAGGAAUGUGCAGUUAAUUGCUUUAUUGGGGGUCUGGGGACUCAGAACCGGUCAGUAUCUGGUGUGACCACCAUUUGCCUUAUGCAGUGCAACACAUCUUCUUCGCAUAGAGUUGAUCAGAUUGUCAAUUGUGGCCUGUGGAAUGUUGGUCCACUCCUCUUCAAUGGUUGUGCGAAGUUGUUGGAUAUUAGUGGGAACUGGUACACGCUGUCGUAUACGCCGGUCAAGCACAUCCCAAACAUGCUCAAUGGGUGACAUGUUCGGUGAGUAUGCGUGGCCAUGCAAGAACUGGGACAUUUUCAGCUUCCAAGAAUUGUGUACAGAUCCUUGCAACAUGAGGCCGUGCAUUAUCUUGCUGAAACAUGAGGUAAUGUUCAUGGAUGUACGGCACAACAAUGGGCCUCAGGAUCUCAUCACGGUAUCUCUGUGCAUUCAAAAUGCCAUCAAUAAAAUGCACCUGUGUUCUUCGUCCAUAACAGAUGCCUGUCCAUACCAUAACCCCACCACCACCAUUGGCCACUCGAUCCACAACAUUGACAUCAGCAAAUUGCUCAUCCGCAUGACGCCACACACGCUGUCUGCCAUCUGCCCUGAACAAUGUAAACCGAGAUUCAACCGUGAAGACAACACCUCUCCAACAUGCCAGACGCCAUUCAAUCACGCCGUGACAGAAUGAACCAAACUCCUAAAGGAUCCAGCGGGGAGGUUCUCCCCUGGGAGUACCUGCUUCAGUUCCUCACCUCAAACCACCGGCCGGCUUCUCCUCCUCCGGCGUCGCCUCGCCGCAGACGCCGCUGCCGAACCCCGGCCUCGGCGAUCCUCUCCACCCUCCCGGAGCCAGUUGGGGGGUUGGACUGGGAGACGCAGCUAGACCGCUCCUGCUAUGUGGGCACCAGACUGGCAGUCUGCUCCCCCAGAGUUAGCCCACGGUGUUGGGAAGGAUGCCGGGCUCCAGCGUCAACCCCUGUCCCAGGACGGAACCACGGGCUCACCGCUACUCCGGCUUGGGACACCAGCUUGGACCCACCCCAGUCAGAUCAGCGGCCCCAUCUCCGGUCCAGUCAGCACCUCCUUCAUCUACAGGCGAAGGGCCCACGCCUACAGCCCAUCAGACGGAGCUCACCAGCCUCCAAGUGGAGCUUGACUGGCUCCGUCAACUCAUCAGCCUCCAGGAGUUCCAGCUGGACACCCUAUCCUCCUCGUAUCUCCAGGAGAAGGUUUCUGUCCAGCCAGCGGCCCCACCUCCGGUCCAGUCAGCAGCUCCCUCGUCUCCAGGCCAAAGGACCGAACCCACAGCCCAUCCAACAGAGCUCGCCGGUCUCCGAGCUGAGCUGGUCCGACUCCUUCAGAUUUUCAGGCUCCAGGAGCUCCUGGUGGACAAACUAACCUCCCUGCUUUUCCAGUUACCUUCUCCACCAGGUCCUGCGCCACCAGUCCAGUCUGCGCCAGGUCCCGCGCCACCAGU